GUACAUUUGAUAGAGCUAUGGAUAAAUUACAAAUGGCAGAGAAGACGUCAGAUGUUUCUACGGAUACUGAUAGCGAUGCAGCAAAGAUAAAACGUCGCAAACAUGCCCGAAAAGAAUUUAGUAAUGAGGAAGAAAAUAGUGAAAGUGAUGGGUCUACGAAUAAAUAUUUACCUCGUCCCAACCCCUCACAAGCAAGAUGUGGCAAAAAAUCUGCAUCGAAUAUUAACUCCUCUUCAAAGUCACGUACGACACAACCAGACAUUGAUUUCCAGGAAAAUAUCGACGUAUCUUCUAACCCUAGUAAGCGACUAUCUCCUCUUCCCGUGCCAUCACAACCAAGACAUGGCAAGAAAUUUGCGUCAAAUAUUGGUGCCUCUUCAAAGACACGUGCGACACAACCAGACAUUGAUGAACAGGAAAAUAUCGACGUAUCUUCUAACCCUAGUAAGCGACCAUCUCCUCUUCCCGUGCCACCACAACCAAGACAUGGCAAAAAAUCUGCGUCAAAUAUUGGUGCCUCUUCAGAGACACGUGCGACACAACAAGACAUUGAUGAACAGGAAAAUAUCGACACAUCUUCUGACUCUAAUAAGCGAUUAUCUCCUCUUCAUAUGUCACCACAAGCAAGAUAUGGCAAAAAAUCUGAUUCAAAUAUUGGUUCCUCUUCAAAGACACGUGUGACACAGCCAGAUAUUGAUGUACAAAAUAAGCAAAAAUAUAUCAAUAAAUCUGACGCUUAUAAGCGUCAGAUUUAUGAAUUGGACAUGGCGAUUGGUGAAACCAAUUGCAACUCGUGCAAAGUUAUGCUAAGCUUUCAACAAGACAUAUUAAAACAGAUCGUCGAAAAUAAUUUAAGAGGACAAAGAUGCGAAAAAAUGCUAGAGAACGUAGUGGAAAAAAUAAAUUGGAAUUCUGCAACGUCAAUAUCUGACCUUGUAAAUAGUGAUACUGAUUUCCAUCCCGAGUACCUUCCUGCACAGACGCUUGAAGAUUUUCAUGCGGCCGAAAAUAAAUGGAAAAUGGACAAAGAGUACAGAGAAAAUGUG